AUGCAAGUUCGUUGAAGUUUUUGAGGAAUGGUGAGGGAUUAUUAGAAGGGUGAGCAUAGCGCCAAGUUUGUUGAUCCAAGAAAUUGUGUAAAUAUGGCAGACAUGCUAACGACCUCCACCACCAUUUUGGCUUCUCUGUCAUAGGAGGGUAUGCUGGAAAGUUGAAUCUUUUAUCUUUUGAUGCCUUUGGUACAUAAGAGCCUCUUCUCAAAGGGGAGAAUGGAUGAUCGAUCGAAAAGUUGCGAUGAUUCUGUUGGUUGUUCCAUGAUGAAUCUGCAAAUACAGCAACGCACAAUGGAUAAGCUAAAAAAAUUAGUACAACACUCAAAAACUUUUGUGCAGAUUUUGAGGAAUUUCAACCAUAAAGCAGAAAAGCCAAUAGUACACACGAUUUGUUGUUCUAUCGCCAUUCUCAUUCGGUUGGAAUGGCUGAAGAGAGGGUACCAGAGUCUAAAAUGGCUACGAAGAGAAAUAAUAGAGUUUUGAAAGAUAUUAAGGUUAAAGCGACUAGAGCAGUUGUAGAAGAUGCAUACCACAUUGCCAAAAGAGGAACCAUUUCAACUAAGAACGUAGAGGAAUCGUUGGAGUUGGCUAGAAACGCUGCAAGAGACAACAAGAACAGAAUCAUCCCAAGGCAUGUAAUACUUGCUGUGAGGAACGAUGAUGAGUUGGGAAAACUUCUUGCAGGAGUAACAAUUGCUCAUGGAGAGAAGAGUGUGCAAGAAGCAGUAACGGAACUGGCAGCUAUAUAUGAUGGGAGAGAAUGGGAAACUGAUAAGGGAAUUUACAUUGUCUAAAUCAUUCAAAAGGUAACAAGUUAAUAAUGCUCAUCAAUGAUCAAGUAAAGAACAAAGUAAGUAAUUCAUACCAAAAAAUUUGGUUCAUCAAUAUUACCAUCAAACAACAAAGUGUGAAUACUGAAUCAGACUUAGUAAUUGGUUCUUGACCAUGCAUGUUUAGAUGUGGACAACACUUGAAAAUAAAGGAGUUUUUGGAACAAGGCAUGUUUACAUUGUCGAUAUACUAGUUAUGUAUUAUAUAAAAACUAGUUGAACUAUGAAAAUUUGAAAAUCAUGUAGACUGAAAUUAACUUGAAUCAUACAAAAAUUAUAUAUUUGACAAAUAGAGUUGAAGCUUCCUGCUAAUUACCCCUUUUGAAAAAAAAAACCAAGUGUUUUUGACUCAAAAAAACUAUUAAAAUUAAGAUAGCAAAGUUAUAAAGACACCCCUAAAAAGGAUGAAUGUGAAUUAUGAAAGAUAGAUAGUAAUGACAUUAUAGUAUAAAUUAAAUUUAUUAGUCUACUAAAAAAUAAUAGUUCAAAUUUGGGUUUGAUCCAUUACCUUAAAUUACAAAUAUGUUAUCCCAACCAUUGACCUAUAUUAAUUUUUGUUACAAUAUGCACUCUUAAAUUAUAUAAUAAUAUAUUAGUAAGGGGGGCCGAAGCCAAAAUUACAAAUGAUCGCAUUUUCAGCAAGGGGGCCGGGCCUCUGUCGAUCCCGGUGUCGCUUCGCGCAUGCCAUUACCCCAAUACCAUUAAUGGUUUUAGACCAUUCCGAUGUGAAAAUUCUAGGCCGGAGACUCGUGUUACUGAUAGGGUUAAGCCAUUUGCCGUAGAAGUGCGCAACGUUAAGUGUGUAAGAUGUGGUAACUUUGGGCAUCAAAGUGGAGAUCGUUAAUGUCCAUUAAAAGAUGCUAUAAUGCCAAAUGACGAGACUAGUCUGAAGAGAGAUGACCCCCUGACAGUUAUCAUGGCACACAUUGAUUCAAGUGAGGUGAGAAUGACCGUUGUCAUUGUGUGAAUUUUCGAUCUUUAUUUUUUAAAUGUGUUUUGGGAACUUCAAGUUGUUUUUAAAAGGGUUUUUUACUUUGCUAUGUAAGGUUCUUUAGCAAUAUCAUUUAAUUGUUUUAGGGAUCUCCUACUUUAAAACAUGCCAAGCUCCCUAGCAUUAUAUGCUUUUGCUUAUUGUUGAGACUGUAAUUUUGUGAAUCCAAUUAGUAAUUUUGUGACCGUGUGAAUUUAGUGUACAUGUUCUAAUAGGUGAAUUUGAGACUGCGUAAGGCAUUUGGAGUAUUGGUGUCUUGUGAAUUUAUUGCGUACUGAGGCAGAUUGGUGCUUUUUUAAGUAGUUCAUAAUGUUGGUUCACCCCUUCCCUCAUAUUGCUUUAUUCUUCUUUUGUUGUCUCCAUGUUUUCCUUUAUUUUGAUUAAACCAAACACUCUUAUUGUAUUGCAUCUACGAAUUUAAUUUAUUAAUUUGAUGAGUUAGGACUAUCUGUUAUAUAAAUUAAUGUUGGUUAUUCGAAAAUUCAUUGUUAUGUAAUGUAAUUUGACGAGUAUUAUGAAUUUAAUGAAACAAACAAAAAAUCUUACCUUAGCAAAACUUUGCUACCAACCAAUUUGGCCAAUGGUGGCUGUUUUUUGUUAGGGUCUUACAAGAAUUGUGAAACUGAAUGGGUAGCUAAAAGUCUAAAACUAUCAUUGGAAUUGAUUUUUUCAAAUGUUGAUUAGUAAUAGAUAAGGCCAAAUAUAACUAUGAACUUUGUUACCAACGAUCUUUCACAUUGUUGGCUUUGGAUCAUGAAAUUGAUUCCAUAUGUUGCUGAAUUUUUACACUCUGCAUAAUGGAAGUGCACUUAGUCAGAUGCCUGAGAAGAAUAAGAGUUUACCUUAGAACUGUGGUAGCCAUAUGAAACUUUAAAAUGUUUCUUUUUACACCAGACUGAAAGGAAUUAUAUCAUCAUUUUUAUAUUAGGGGCUAUUAAAGGCCUUGUGCAGGUCUUGCCAAAUAAAAUGCAGUUGUAUAUACUUCAUGUUCCUCUGUUCCUCGGUGCAGAACUGUAUACUCUGAUGCGUAGAUAGGCUAGAAAUCCAAUUUUAUUGAAGGGAUAUUUCUUUCCAAGUAAAACUAAGAUAGGACAUCAAUGCAUGAUUAAAGAACAAUGACUCUUUUGAGGAACAUAAAGUGCAGUACUCUUAUGAAU